UUGAAAUUCUACAGCUGGUUUAUUUGCUAACUGCUAACUGGUGCUGGCACACACAGUUGGAAAUAUCUACUUCAAUUUAAUUUAUAUAUAAAUUUGUAAUUAUAUUAAAUGAAAAUUAGUUUAAAAUAGUGCAAACAGAAUCAUACUAGUGCUAAUACAGUUUAAAAGGCAAAGCUAAAUGCAACAAAGUAAUUAGUGUAUGUGCAGUGUAACGUAGAUUGUCGUGGGCAGUCAGGUGGAACACCAGCAACAACAAAUUAGUUAUAAUUGAAAACUACUUGUACGCUAGUGCAUUUAUAUAAAGUAUUACAACGGUUUUUAGUGAAAAAAUCAAAAAUAAAAACGACAACCAGUGCAAACUACACAUAACCAGUGAUCUAACGUAACAACAGUAAAUACACAAAGCUUCAACACAAUGACGAAUAUGCGUCCACCAAACAAAACCAUACUCCUGAAAGUGGUCAUACUGGGGGAUGGUGGCGUUGGCAAAUCCUGUCUGAUGAAUCGCUUUGUCUCGAAUCGUUACGACGAAAACAACUUUCAUACAAUUGGCGUUGAGUUCAUGAAUAAAAACAUUGAUGUGGAUGGCGAGAAAUACACAUUACAGAUUUGGGACACCGCUGGUCAGGAACGUUUUCGCGCGCUACGCACACCUUUCUAUCGUGGCUCCGAUGUGUGUAUGCUGUGCUAUGCCGUCGAUGAUCGCGAUAGUUUUCGCGGACUGAAGCAAUGGCGUGGUGAGUUCCUCAACUAUGCCGAUGUAAAUGCGGAUAAAUUUCCCUUUAUCGUCGUUGGCAAUAAGCUUGACAUGGCCGCCAAGUAUCGUCAGGUGAACUACGAAGAGGUGGAACAAUGGUGCCAGGACAACGGCAUAAGCAGUCUUAUUGAGACCUCCUCGAAGGCAGCCAGCAAUGUAACGGACGCAUUCGUGCUGGCCGUACGCCAGUGGAAGCAUAUGGAGCGUGUUGCUGAAAUCGAGCUGCGUCAACAGAGCGACACUAUCGAUCUAACACGUAGCAUACGUUUGGCGCAAAAUCGCUUUUGUUGCGUUGGCGGUGGCGGCAGUGGUGGCAGCACCACAUCGGCCGAGGCGGAAUUGGAGGAUGAAUCGAUGCGUAGCGACCGUAGUGGUAGUCGUCCGUCGCCGCUGCGUUUCGGCAAGCAGUCGAAAGCGGCUGGCAGGCAAUCGCAAUCAACGAAUUUCCAACUUUAAAUUUCAUUUCAUUUGUGGAAUGUGAGUUUGUGGAACGCGUUUGUGUUUACUGCGCGUUUAUUGCUUUCAUUUUAUAUUAACAAAUACUAUAUACGAGCGUGUUGUACAAAUUCAGUUGGUUUGAAAACGUAGUAAAAGCAAGUAAGACGAUAACAAUGUAUCUGAUAGACUACACCAAAGGCAGUUAAGCGUUUGACGUGUGUUGUUGGUAGCGUGUGCAUCCAAAAGCGUUGUUUAACUUCAUGUCUAAAAACUAAAAUGCGUAAUGUAAACUAAAUGUAACUCAUAAGCUAAGUAAGUUUGGAAAUUAAUGUAAAAAUGCUCAAAUUGUUUUGGUGAACAAUUUAUAAUUCAAGUGCAGCAUAUUACUCAUUCAACGUGAUGUACACCAUUUAUUAUUUUAUUUAUAAGCUAAAAAUGCGAAAUUCCAUUAAAAUUUAUAAUCAUUUAGUUUAACUUAAAUAUUUUGCAUUGCAGCAGCCGCAUUGAGUAUUAAUAUAGAUAUUUUAUAGAAAUAUAUAAUUUAUAUUUGAUUUUAAUAUUUUAAGUUUUAAUUGCACAAUUUUAAAUUUUGUGUGCUUUUUCAUUCAAUUAAGCAGCAUUAUAUUAUUGUUUACUUGUGAAAAAAAGUAAAAUUCUUAAUUAAGAAUUCAUUAAAGUGGUUUAAAUUUGCAAGGAAAUAAUUGAAAUUAGUGUGUAAGACAGCGCUUGCCUUUAUAUAUAAAAUAUAAAAAUCAUAUAUUUUUGCGUAGAAUAAAUAAUAUAUAUACAUUUGCUUAAAAGAGUGACGAUAUAAUUCCAAAUAAGUUGAUUCUAAAAUUAAAUAAGCGAUUUUAUUUAAUAUUUCCUUGAACAGUGUGCUAAAAAACUGUUUAAAAAACCGUUAUAUCUCAAUGAUAUAUAAAUUUUUUAAGUAAACAUAUUCUGCAUAUCAAUUUGUCUAAUUUCACUGUACUUUUUUUUUCUUUUCUAAACUAAAAUAGUCUUAAUUUUAGUUUCUUUACUAAAAUUUACUUUUAAACAUUUGUUAUUCAAAUAGAAAUCAAAUAUGUAUUAUAUGUAUAUAUAAAGGGUUUUUCAAUAAGAGCGAUACAAAGUGGUUUGGGAUUGAAAUUCUUUAUUCCUGUGAAAGUACUUUCGAUGCCAUUAUGUGUGGAACUCGAUUUCUUAUACAUGGCCACCACUGAACCAAACGCUGAACCCAAUUUUCGACAGUUUUCAAGCAUAAAUCGGCCGAUACUGCUGCAAUUUCACGUUCGAUAUUCGUACGAAGUUCAUUAAACGUUGCUGGCUUGUUGGCAUAGACCAUACACUUGACGUAGCCACACAGGAAAUAGUCUACGAUCGAUGCGGUCAAUUGACUGGGUCAUUUCGUGAGAUAACACGUCCACCAAAUUUGGUUUUCAAUAAAUGGAUUGUCACAUUCGCUGUGUGGCUUGUGGCGCCGUCAAGUUGGAAUCACAUAUUAUCCAAGUCCAAAUCAUCCAAUUCGGGCUAAAAUAUUCGAAUGACAUUGAGCGGGAGCGAUUCCCAUUCACAGCAACGUGCCGGUCUUGAUCAUCAUGAAGAAGAUGUAUGGCCCAAUGACGCCACCGAACCAUAAACCGCACCAAACCGUUAUUUUUUCGGGAUGCAAUGGUAACUCUUGGAGUACGUGUGUAUUGCUACCUGACCAAUAACCCAUAUUUUACUUAUUGACGAAACCAUUCAACCAGAAAUGAGCCUCAUCGCUGAAGAUGAUUUUUCAUUGAAAAUCCAGAUCUUUUUCUAGUUGUUGCUCAGCCCAAUUCACGAACAUACGACGAUUCUGGUGGUCAAGCGCCUUCAGUUCAUGCGCCCAUUUGAACUUGUAAGAAUGUAAGCCAAGAUCUAUUCGCAAAAUUCGCCACAACGACGUCACAGAGAUGCCCAAUGCUUGAGAACGACGUGUGAGAGACUGAUUGGGAUCUUCCUCAAUUGAUGUACUAGCGGUAGUAAUAUUCUCGAUACUAUUAUACAGGCACUUCUUUGUCUAACUGGUAGGGGAACAUUUUUUACUCUCCCUGAGAAUUCAAAUUUUUCCACUAGACACUCAAUUGUUGAUCUGACAGGACGAUUAUGACGACCAUAAUUUGGACGUAGCGCUCUUAAAGUUGAGGCCACUGACUCCGAAUUUCGGUAGUAAAUUUUAAUAAUUUCGACUCGUUGUUGGAUCGUAUAUCUCUCCAUGAUGAAAUGGCACACCUUACUGAAGAGAAAUGUCAGAAGAGCGGGGAAAAAUAUGGCGUCCUUUGAUGUCCCUAUCGGUCUACUUUUUUAGCGUUCCUUUUGAAAAUCCCUUUAUAUAUACAUAUUAUUUUAAAUACUAGUUUAUUUCCAACAUAACUUAACCUCAAAGUGGAUUUUUCUUUAAUAAAUGUUAAAUAUUUUUUUAUUAUUAUUUUAAUUAAAAAUACAAAUUCAUUCAUAUAUGAAUAUUAAUUUUAAAUAUUUUUUUAACCUAACAUAACCUCAAUUUUGUCUACUUUCUUCAAUUUCAAACGCUGACAUUCCAUUUUUAGCUUUUUACUUGCAAAUCAUUUAAUUUUACUUAAGAAUUUAAAAUAAUAUAACUCAUUUAAAAUAUCUAUAUACAUAUUUAUCUAUGAAAUAGUUGCCUUGAUAAAUGUUUUUUUUAAUAAUAUUAAAAAUAUUUAACGCACAGAUUUCAAUUUACCAAAGCUUAAAAUGCAAAUUUUAUAUACCAAAUAUUAAUUUUUAAGCUUAGCACAAAUUAUUAAAGUGCUUUCUUUCAUUUUAUUUGAUUUAUUAAGUGUCUCGAAAAACUAAAACAGAGAAAGUAAUAUUUUAAAGGCAACUAAAAACAUUUUCAAUUAUAUAAUAUUAUUUAGAAAGCAUUAAUUGCAAGGAUUAAAUUAAAUAUAUCCGCUUUUUAGCUUUUUAAAAAAUUGAAUAUCUUAAUAUAUUAAUGGUUGCUUCAAAAUAAUUAUUUUGGAAUGAAAAAAAAAUUUAUUAAAUAAAUAAAAGUGUAAGAACUAUAAAAAUCGAAACAGCAAAGAAUUACUAAGAAUUCAUUUAAUUUCAUCCUUUUUAUUAUAAUAAUGUAAAAAAAAAAAAACUAAAUUUUUUUCAAAGCGCUAUUAAGGGGUUAGGGGUAGUCAGAGACACGAAAAAAUUAUGAAAAUGAAAAUUUCAGUAAUUUUUUUUGCAAUUAAAUCAUGUAAUUUUACAAAAGUCAUAAUAAGUCAUUAUUACACAAUGUUUUGACUUGAAGAUACGAAAAUUUGGAAAAAAAAUUGUUAUUUCCAAAGUUAUAGCUGUUUGUGUGGACUCAGUUCCAAAAAAAGGCGUUUGCGGUGAUAAUCAUAAGUCCUUUGAAAUUUAUCUAAAAUCAUUAUGAUAAGAAAAAUUAGUCUUAUAAAUAGAUUAUACUGGGCAGGAUCGAAGAUUUUUUCCUUUUUUUUUUUAAUUAACAAAAUGGCGGUAUAAAGAUUUUUCUAGAUUUUCGGGAAAAAAUCGAUUGGUCUUAAAAAAUCAAUAUUUUUGUAAAAAAAAUCCUUCGAUCAGGCCCAGUGUAAUUAUGUAUUCUAAAAGCUGUAUAAAUUUCAUUCAAAUCUACUGAGCGGUUUUCGAAACAUAAUUUUGAGAAAAAACGCAUUUAAAGUUUCAUCCGAGCUUUUUGGAGUGCCCGAACGCUCUUUGUUAUUUGUCGAAUAACUUGAAAAGUAAUUAUCGGAUCAACUUAAAAAUUCAGAGAAUAUUUUUAAGAUAUUACACUUAACGAAAAUGCAAAAAAUAAAAAAUUGAUUUUUUGAAAAUCCUGACUACUCCUAAUCCCAUAAGCGUUAAAAAAUUCAAUUUCUACUUUCCGAAGUAAUAUCUAAAACCAAUUGUGCCUUGCUGCAAUUUAAGUUGAAAACUUAAUUAUUGAAGUAUUUACAACAAUUAUUCGCUAAAAUAUUUCAAAACGCUAAAUUUUCAAGUUUAUGCCAUACUUUUUAGCAGUUUCAUCGUUUAUAUUGGGUGAAAAAUACGUUUUUUUACCAAAACAUGUAUAAUUAAUAUGGAAAAUGUUGCAAUUAUUUACACCAAUACUGUAGUAACUCUUUGUAAGCAAUUAUUUUUAUUGUAUUUUUUCGAUUUUGAUUUGCAAAUAAAGUCGUGCUGAUUUUAUUUUAAUUGAUUAAGUUAAUUAUUUACUAUAUAUACAUAUGUAUGUACUAUAUGCAUGUACAAAAUUGUAAAAUCAAUAAAACACUAUGAUGAAUGUGCAAAAAUAUUAUGUAGCUAUGAGCAACUGUUUUAAUUUAAUAAUUGCAGUAGAAUUAAAUUCAGUGAGAUAGGAAUGUUUUGUUUGAGCUACGCUAAAUCGGAAUCCUAUUCAGUAUAUAAACAUCAACGAUUUUUCAAAUAUGUAUGUCUAUUGCCUGCGUUUGAUAUCAAUAUACUCGUAUUUUAUAAAAUCAAAUUUACAAAUCUUCGAUUACACUGUACGACAAAAUCGACUUUUUUGUUGGGUAUUGGACCAAACUUAAUUUUUCUCGGACAUAGAGUCAUAAGUAAAACAUAGUAUUUUCCGAUUUUCGAAGUUAGGCUAUUUGGAUUCGAAGUUCGAAAAAGGACUUUUCUAAAAAAUUAUUAAUAAUAAUUACAGGAUAGCGCGACUAAAAAAAUCCAAAAUAUGAAUAUAAUCUACAUUUUUCUCUUAAUUCAAUGGUGUAUAAAACAUUACGGUCAAGCUUAUAUUUGAUCUUCGAAAAAAAAUUAUAUAUCGAAAAAUACUAGAACCCUUAAAACAUCUGUCAUAUAAACUUGACGAAAAAGAUUUAUAAAUCAAUGAAUGAAGAUAAAAUUUAAUUUUAGAAAAUUUUAUAUCCAUAUUUUGGAUUUAGUAGUAGCUAUAUCCUGUAAUUAAUAAUAUUUUUUUUUUAAUUUUCAGUUUUUGCAUUUUCAUUGAAAUCUCAAAAAUUUACUCCGUCUAUCAGGUACCCACAAAAAUUUCGUUUCUAAAAGUUACUUGGUACUCUUCUAAUAUAUCUUGAUAAUUAAAAUAAUAUUUGCGAGGGCCAAUGAUUUUGUUAAUUUAAGUCUACUAUAUAUGUAAAGUGUUAAAAAAUAACGGGAAUUUAAAAAUUUACCAUUUCACGGGUUUGGAGAGACCAACUAUUAAUAUCUUAAUUUAUGUGUAGCAGCCGCUAAGGUUAGACAUAUUUUUAUUAACUUGGCGAAUUUCGUUUGAUUUAGCCAAAAACAAUACUGUAACGGUGCCCAAGCUCAAUUUUUGCCAGAUUUUAACAUAUUUCCAAAUAUAAAGAAACUGCUUGAAGAGCAUUUUUAUUAUAUUCCUUAACAGGAAGCAUUUAGGUCUCGUUGUGCAAGUGCUUGACCGGGGACAUCAAAAGACAACCAUGGCGUAUGUGGAGUGAAAGAGAACAGGCCGUCCAAUGUAGCAUCCAAAAUUUUUGGGUUAUUCCAAGUCGGAUUUUUAAUUUUACCGUCAUCGACAGAAAUAUUUAGGUCUUUCGUUCAUUUUAUGAAUAUAGUCGAUGUAGAUUUAGAAGGAAAGGGUGGUAGGCUCCUAGUAGUAAGAAAGCGAGAAAGGAAGCUUAAAUAAAUUAUACCCGCUGUAACUCUUCAAUUAUAUUUGAUUUCGAACUGAUAUAGUAAAAAUAUUGGUUGUCAACUAUUUCCCUUCCGCAUUUUUGCCUUUAUUCAAUGCUUUAUAAAAAGUGUUACAGUGAUCGGAUUUAGUUCAAAUAUGCGCCGUUUCGUUCGAUAAUCUGUUUCCAAUUAGGCGGCAACUUCAUAAAACCCCCUCGUAGUAGACCCCCUCCUUAUUUGCGAAGAACUCGGACAGCCACUUUCCACAAGCCUCUUUUGAGUUCAACUUUACAUCACCAAGGGCGUUCGCUAUGGACAGGAACAGGUGGUGAUCACUUAGCGCUAUGCCCGGGCUAUAUGGUAGAUGCGAUAAAACCUAAGCUACGGAAGCUUCUGACCCUUCCUAUUAGCAAAUUCUGGACGCUUCUAGUCGAUCGCCUGCUUCAAGCCGUUCAGUUGUUCGCAGUGGACUGUAGAAUUAAGCGUCUGGCCAUAUGGGAGCAGAUUAUAGUGGAUGAUUCCCUUCCAAUUCCACCAAACACACAGCACAACCUUCGUGGCGUCAAUCCCGGCUUGGCCACUGUUUGGGACGAUUCACCGGCCUUCCACCACGACCGUUUUCGCUUGAUAUUGUCGUAUGUGAUCCAUUUUUCGUCGCCAGUCACCAUCCGUUUCAAAAAUGAAUCGAGUUCGUUCCGUUUCAGCAGCAUAUCGCAUGCGUUGAUUCGGUCCAGAAGGUUUUUUUGCGUCAAAUCAUGCGGCAAUCAAGCUUUUUUUGUGUAUCCAGCCUUCUGCAGAUGGUUUAAAAUGGUUUGGUGACUAACUCCCAUCUCCUGGGCGAUGUCACGAGAUGCCACAUGCCGAUCUAACUCGAUCUUUUCCAUGAUUUGAUCGGUAUUCGUCGUCACAGGUCUUCCGCCGGCUGGCUUAUUCAUGGUGUCGUUUUUACCCGCUCUGAAUCGUUGAAACCAAUCCUCCGCAGUUCGAAGUGAUAAAGCCGGAUACGAGCUCUGUAGCGCUUUAUACAUAGCCGCGAAAUUCACAAAACGGAAAGGAGAUAUAGAACCUAAUAUAUACUAUAUAUGAAGCCUGGGUUAAGCCCCAGGGUAACAUUGGUAUCUCCUAAGCAUUAUCGAUGAUCUCAAGUUGAUUCACAUUCAUGUAUAAUAAAAUACGAAUUAAGUUUAAUCUAACUGUACCCAUCGGUCUAAACAGGAUUUCUUGUUCUCGUAAGUGAAAUUUGGAACUUUAAGUGAAGCACUCCAAUAACAAUCACAUCUAAAGGUAUAUUAUAAUCUUAAAAAAUUUAUUUCCCGAAAUUCCCCUAAAUUUUUUGACAGUAUCACAGACAUACCAGAGAAAAAACGCAAAUUUGUUUUCUUAAAUUAUUUAUUAAAUUAUUUACAUGAUUUUUUUAAUUAUAGCUGCAUAAAAAAUAAAAAAUACAAAUAUUUGUGGAAUGCAUAGACUUAUUUUCGAAAGUAAUUGUUGAACGAAUAAUAUUUGCGUGUUUUAUUUAAAUUUGUGUAUAAAAUUUUGUUUUAAAUGGAAAAAAUAAAUUUUUUUUUUCUAAAAAAUCAUUAAAUUGGGUUUGCCUUUCAAAUGCAGCUUAUGAAAAAAUACUAAAACUAUACCUGCUAGCCCUAAUAUAACGAACUAUUAUUUAAAAAAAAUUAUACAAAAUAAUUGUUUUUUUUUUUUUAAUUUUUGUUUUAAAGCGAAUACCAAAAAUAUUUCUUAAAGAAAAUUACUAAAAACUAAUUAAAUAUGUAUUUAUGCAUAUAAGUACGUAAGUACGCCACUAAGUACAGACAAUUGUUUUUAUUUUGUAUAUAUUUUUUGUGCUGCCUGACUGUUUGUAUUUAUGCAUACUUUUUUUU